GCCACCGCUGUGUUGUCUUCGCUGCUUCUUGCCUCGUGUUCCACUUCUGUUCUCCGGCGGGAAGAGGUGGCGAACCAGGCCGAAUAUUAGGGGAUAGUGGAUGACCUGAUUUUCUCAGACACUUGGAUUUUUGCAAACAUCUAGGUAUUUGGCAGAAUGAAGAGUAUACAACAACGUGGACUUGUUCCAGCAUUUGCACCUUGUUACCAUGAUGGGAAAGCAAAUAAAGAAAUUAAGUGUCCCUUCAUGGGUACUUGUUUAAGCCAAACUCACACUCUCAGGAUAAAUAAUGCAAGAACUAGUGGGAGCAACACUAGAAAAGAUUCUCUUCUGGCAAUCGUCCAAAAAAGGUUCAGUCCUGCGAUGACUGAAUGUAGAAGGCGAGUUAUCCCUGCUGUCCGAUGCCAGUCUUCUUCAGACUGUAACAUGGACCAGUACAUAUCGGCUGAAAGAUUCACUCAGAAGACUGAACACCCUUUAGGUAGCAUUAGGGAGCAUCUCUUUAAGAUUGUUGGAGGUCCUAACAAUGGAUUACAUCCUGGUACUGUAAAAAAUGAGCUUAUACUUCUUGCCUUACCGGCUAUUAUUGGGCAGGCUAUUGAUCCAUUGGCACAAUUGAUGGAGACAGCAUAUAUUGGCAGAUUAGGUCCUGUGGAGUUGGCUUCAGCUGGGGUGUCGGUUUCAAUUUUCAACAUCAUCUCAAAACUCUUCAAUGUUCCACUUUUGAGCAUUACAACUUCAUUUGUGGCAGAAGACAUCUCAAAAACUGCUAGUGAGCAAUAUAUAUCAGGUAAUGACCUACAAGAAGGGAUUUUUAUGGUUAAAAAGGUUUCUGAUGAGAAGGUGGGGAGAUUGAAACUGCCAUCUGUCUCGAGUGCCAUACUUCUUGCUGCAGUAAUUGGUACAAUUGAAGCUUUUGCUUUAUUCUUUGGGGCUGGAUUAUUUCUCAAUGUGAUGGGUGUGUCAGUUGUUUCACCUAUGCAUAAACCAUCUCAGCUGUUUCUAUGUUUAAGAGCCUUGGGGGCUCCUGCAGUUGUAAUUUCUCUGGCAGUUCAAGGUGUCUUUCGUGGUUUCAAGGAUACAAAGACACCUCUGCUUUGUGUAGGGCUGGGCAAUAUUUCAGCUGUUCUUUUACUCCCGAUACUUGUAUAUUCUUUCCACCUUGGCAUUGUUGGAGCUGCUAUUGCCACUAUUGCAUCCCAGUAUAUUACUACAUUUUUACUGAUCUGGUCUCUCAGUAAAAGAGCUGUCUUGUUACCUCCUAAGAUUGAAGAUCUGCAGUUUGGAGGAUAUAUUAAAUCUGGGGGAUUUCUCCUUGGAAGAACACUUUCUGUCCUGAUCACUAUGACCCUUGGCACAUCAAUGGCUGCUAGACAAGGGCCUUUAGCAAUGGCUGCUCAUCAAAUAUGUUUGCAAGUAUGGUUGGCUGUAUCUCUACUUUCAGAUGCAUUGGCUGUUUCUGCUCAGGCAUUGAUUGCCAGCUCUUCUGCAAAAUGUGACUAUGACAGAGUGAAACAAGUUACAUACUAUGUCUUAAAGGCAGGGCUAUUUACCGGCAUAGCAUUAACAAUAGUCCUAGGUGCAUCAUUUGGUAAUCUUGCGGAACUAUUCACCAAAGAUGCUGGAGUGCUACAGAUUGUUAGGACUGGUGCAUUGUUUGUCAGUGUGACUCAACCCGUCAAUGCUCUUGCAUUUAUCUUUGAUGGCCUCCAUUAUGGUGUUUCCGAUUUUGCAUAUUCCGCGUGGUCAAUGAUGGUGGUUGGGGCUAUGUCUUCUGCAUUUUUGUUGUUUGCUCCAUCUGUAUUUGGACUUGCAGGAGUUUGGUCUGGCUUGACCCUUUUCAUGGGCUUGCGGAUGAUGGCAGGAUUUUUUAGAUUAAAUUGGAAAACAGGUCCGUGGUGGUUCUUGCACCAGGAAAUUCCCAAGUUUAAGAUACAUUAUACCCCAGACUCCCUGAUACCAGUUGAAGAUAAUCCGGCUGAUUAUGAUUAUGCAACUACUACUGAGUGAAGAAAAACAUUUACAGGUUUAAACUACAUUCAUUUGCUAACCCUUUGGUUCUCCUUACAUUUGUAAGCAUUUCAUUCUUGUUCUUUAAAAUUUGAUUGACUUGAGAGAGAAUUGUACCCAAGCUCUACAAGGGAUGAUGUAGGGAUCUGAAACCAUUCUUAAAAUUCUUCUUUUUGCUCUU